UACGGGGGUUUUCGCCUCGCUUCACGUUCACCUAACCCGAAAAUCUCCCAACCGAAACUGCACCGAUCUUCUUCACUCGCCGAGUCGCUAACUCAGUCGCUCACCCGCUCACCCACUCACCGUUUUCUUUCCCCUGAUAUGCACCGGCCGCGUCCACCGCCGUCGAUCCGCCAAUGACCCACCAAGCCCGGGCCCAGGGCCACCGCGUCCCCUCCACCUGCUCCCGCCACCCCGCCACCCCCGUCACCGGCUUCUGCGCCUCCUGCCUCCGGGAGCGCCUCGCCGUCAUCGAGCCCUCCACCCACCAGGAGAUCCCCGGCCACCCCCUCCGCCGCUGCAAGUCCCACUCCUCCGCCGGCGGCGGCGGCGCCGCCUCCGCCGAGCCCCGCCGCAAGUCCUGCGACGUCCGGGGCCGGAGCACCCUCUCCGAUCUGUUCACCCUUGACGACGGAGGGAAAUGCGAGAAAGGCGAGGCCUUGUUCGGGUUGAGGGAAGAGGACGAGAAUGAGCAGGAGCCGGAGGAGGAGGCAGAGGGGGAGGAGGGGGAGGAGGAAAUUAGGGUUUGCGCGAGAAGCGUACGGGCGGAUGAGAAUGUCGUCAAUAAUGGGAGUGUCGACGAGGGUUUUGACGAUGAGGCGGAGUUCAAGACCAUGAAGGAGUUUAUAGAUCUCGAGUUGGAGAGCAAGAAGCAGACGAGGAAGAACAUCAGGGGUUUACUGGAGGCAGCUUCUGUGUUUCGCCGGAGAUUGGGGAAAUGGCGCCGGAGGGAGAAGAUGAAGGAGCAAUGCGGUGGUAACGGCGACGAUCUGGGGGUUGCAGCGGAUGCGACAGGGAAGAAGAUCAGUCUGAGGAAGUUGAGGGAAGCGCAGUCUGAGGUCGGAGAGUAUGGAUUAGGAAGGAGGUCGUGCGAUACGGAUCCGAGGUUCUCGGUCGAUGCGGGUAGAGUCUCAGUCGAUGAAGUGCGGUGCUCCUUGGACGAGCCGAGGGCAUCUUGGGAUGGGUAUCUGGUCGGGAGGAGUUACCAGUACCCGCGGCUCAAUCCGAUGGUGUCCUUUCUCGAGGACGUGAAGGUGAUCGACAUCGGUUUCAAGAACAGGGUUUUGGUUGAAGACCAGUCGAAUGUGGUGAAUGGGCAGGGUGGGAGGAGCCCAGGUGGGUCUGUUCAGACAAGGGAUUACUACAAGGAGCCAUUUUGUGCGCAGAGGCGGAGGAAAAGUUUCGAGCGGCUGAAUUCGGCUAGGAAGGGAAGUUUAGUGGAUGUCGAUGAUGUGAAGAUGGUAUCGAAUAUGAAGAUCUCUCCUGCCUCCACUGAGUUAUUUUACGGGGCGAAAUUGCUAAUUGCAGAGGAAGAAUUGAGGGGUUCGAGCUCAAAGUCCAGCAAUGAUGACAGGACCGAGAGUACCGAGUCUGCAUCGAAGGAUGAUGGUUCUAUUGCUGGCGGGGUUGAUGAGAAACGGUUCAAGAAGUUGCCCGGUUGGCGAAAAGCAUGGAAUGUUUGGGGUUUGAUUCAGAGGAGGAGCGAGAGCAAGUGCGCCAUUGAGGAACGUCACGCUGCUGAAAAUAUGGAAGAACAGCUGCCGCGAGUCUCCAAUGGAGAAGCAAAUGGUGCUGUGAGCCACAGGCUCAACCGCAGUUACAGUCGGAACUCCUCCAAGAUGGAUGGGCCUGGAUCUUUGAACGGCACAGGAGUUGCUCAGAGUGAAGGGAUCGGCUUGAGGAUUAGGGAGGAGUCUCUGUUAACGAGGAAUCGGAGUGUGAAAUACUCCCCCAACAAUCUCGACAACGGUCUGCUAAGAUUUUACUUGACUCCAACAAGGAGCUAUGGAAGUAAAUCUGUCAAGAGUAGGCUUCGGAAAGCCCACACUUUGGCGAAGGGUGUUGUGUAAUGUGCUGUAUCUGCUUUCGAAAAAGAAUUUUAUGCUGUAAACUGUAAAGACAUGCAAUAUCUGUGUAUCUCUUUCUUCUUCCUGGUUAGUUAUAAGAACAGUGUAUGUCAUCAGUUUCCUUCCUCAAACAGCAAUGAUGCAAAUGCCAACCCUUUGGCGACCUUUCUUUUCUGUGA